AUGAUCUCUAAGAUUUUGUGCGUAUCUGCUUUUGUGGCUUUUGUUAGCGCUGGCAACUUAGGUCUCAACAGUGCCUACUUCACUGUCCAUGUGUCCCACCCAGUAGCUCAUCACUUUGUACCCCUUUUGGUUCAUCCUGCUCCAGUUUUUGAUCACUCUGCCCAUCAAAAUGUAGAUUACCACGCUCACCCCAAAUACGAAUGGAGCUAUGGAGUCCAAGAUGCCCACACCGGUGACCACAAAUCCCAGCACGAAGUACGUGAUGGCGAUGUUGUCAAAGGCUCUUACAGUGUUGCCGAAGCCGAUGGUACCCUUAGAACUGUCCACUACACCGCCGAUGACCACAACGGUUUCAACGCAGUCGUAGAAAAAACCGGAUACGCCGCCCCUGUUCAAAAAGUAGUAGCAGCUCCCCAUUUGGCCCCCCCUCACUAUAUCCAUCAUUAG